AUGUCUUCGCCGAAGGAAAUACGCUGGGGCAUCAUGGCGACGGGUUGGAUCGCACAAACUUUCGUCAAGGACCUCCUUGUCGACCCGUCUACACGUAAUGUCAAAGACAUUCGUCACGUCGUCGCCGCAGUCGCAUCCUCCUCUUCCCUGUCCUCCGCCGAAAAGUUCGUUUCCAACAUCGUUUCCUCAUCCCAGUCCAGAAAGUGUACCCCCUACGGCUCCUACGAAGAACUCGUGAAAGACCCGUCGGUGGACAUCAUCUACAUUGGCUCGCCACACUCUCAUCACUACCAAAACGCCAUGCUCUGUCUCACCCACAAUAAGCCCGUCCUCUGCGAGAAAGCGCUCACGGUUAACGCCGCGCAAGCUAAGAUGCUAUACAAGACUGCGCAAGAGAAGAAGCUCUUUUUCAUGGAGGCCGUUUGGACUCGCUACUUCCCGCUCAGCCAGUCGAUCAGGAAACACAUCACGGAUAAUGACAUCGGUGAGGUAAUACGAGUCAUCUCCGAUUUGAGCAUUGGAGUCGUGCCUGAGAAAGAUUUUGAUCCGGGUCACCGCAUGGUGAACCUUGAUUUAGCUGGUGGAGCUCUUCUCGAUUUGGGUAUUUAUGCUCUUACGUGGGUUUUCCAAACAAUGUACCACACACUGCCUCCCCAACUCAGGGAGCAGUCUCGCCCCAAGGUGGUGGGGGCUGCAAUGACUCCCGAACCACGUACCGGCGCCGAUGAGUCUACUCUGAUACUCCUUGAAUUCCCUAAAUCGACUCCAUCGGGGAAAACGAAAGCCCACGCCGUGGCUACUACCGCUAUGCGCGUUAGCGACGAUCCCGCACGAGGACACGACGGGAAAGGAGAUGUGGAAACUCCUGCGGUGCGCAUAGAAGGCGAAAAGGGCGAGAUCCAAGUAUACGGCCCAAUAUAUCGGCCAAUGCGAUAUCGACUGGUGCCGAAGGACAAAACCGCGGAAAUUCUCGAUCGGAAAUUUGAGUUCGAGGGUGGGUGUCACGGUAUGAUGCACGAAGCCGACGCUGCUGCCCGUUGUCUAGUUGCUGGGAAACUGGAAUCCGAGACUUUACCGUGGGCAGAAUCCACACUGAUUAUGGAGAUUAUGGAUGAAGCGAGGAAGCAGGGCGGCUUGAUGUAUCCAGAUGCGAUCGAGACUACGGACUAUCCUGUGAAACUAACAGCCAAGGUGUAG